AUGGUGGCUUUUCACCUCCGUCCUCAGCAUCCAGUGUCUUCCCCAAAGCCUGACAAUAUCCAGCGUCAGAAAACAACAUGGACAUCUGGGAACAGAGUGUUUCUUCCUCUAGCAGUGAGGUCUCUGGAUUGGUACCUGGCCAUUUGCAAGCCCCUUCAUUAUACAACUGUCACGAAUCUGAGGACUUGCUGUCUCCUGGUCACAGCCUGCUUUGCUUUGGGCUUCACUCUUAUGGCUGGUCUGGUGGUGAAGGUGUCCCAGUUAUCCUUCUGUGGCCCCCAUGUCAUACAUCACUUCUUCUGUGACCUCAGCCCCCUGAUCCAUCUCUCCUGCUCUGACACCAGAUCUGUUGAGACAUUGCUCUUUGUCCUUGCUUUGUGUGUCCUCUUGGCAUCCCUCAUCAUAACCAUCACUGCAUACAGCCACAUAGGCGUCACAAUCAUUGGACUCCCAUCAGCCAAAGAGCGACAGAAAGCUUUCUCCACCUGCUCCUCUCACCUCACUGUCCUCUCUCUGAUGUACGGCAGUUCUGUCUAUAUAUACCUGAAACCAAAGCAGGUGAACAGGCUGGACUCCAACAAGGAGGCUGCCUGCCCUUGUGAAUACGAGGUGACCCCCCUACUGAACCCUGUCGUCUAUACUCUAUGGAACAAACAGGUCCACCAGGCUCUGAGGGAGACCAUGUGCAGAGUGAAAACAUCAAGACAAAAAAGUCAUACUGUCUUGGAAGUGUGA